AUGUUCACCAUGUCACAACACACAUACGCCUACGCGGCUCAAGCUCCGCAGCCGCCACGGCAGUUUCCCGGCCACGGCACCAGCAGUGCCUUCAGCAGCUCCGCCAACCCGGACGAGGACUGGACCAAGAUCUCCGACCUCGCCGAGCGCCGGAGGAUACAAAACCGCAUUGCCCAGCGCAACUACCGCAAGAAGCUCAAGAGACGUCUAGAGGAGCUUGAGAGGCGCGCGGGGACAUCAGACGGCGCUUCGUCAUCGGGCGGUGAGAAGGCGAGCCCGCCGAGCAAGAGCAACAAGAAGUCGCAGCAAUCCCACAAGGCACAGAAGCAAGCAUCAGCCCCUCCCACGAAGCCCACCGUUCAGACACAGUUCUCUCCACCCAUGCACCACGACGACGAAUAUCUUUUCCCGUCGUCUUACGACGAGAGGGAAAGGUCGCACACGCCGCCCAUGUACGCAUACUCUACAUACCCGCCUCCCCCAGAAGACAUGCUCUUGGCGCCGUACGGGGCCGUGCAGGGAUACAGGCCCGUCACCACAGAAGCAUACUCGGAAUACAUGACGCCUCCGCCCGUCCCGGUAACACUACCCUCAAUGACACACUUUAACGACGCGCUCAAGCGGGAUCCGGGUUUCUCGGGCCCUGACGAGAACCUCCCGUACAUGGGGAGCUACAACAGCUACCUUCCAGGCGUCGACAUGAGUGCCGGGGCCCCAUCGCCGUACGACCAGAUGCCUCAUACUCCCCCUCUGUCACACUCUUUUGACCACUCGGCGAAUUGUUCGGAGUCGGGUAGCUACGAGUACCCAACAACGCCGCUGUCAAUGCCGGGUUCGCCCGGCUUGGUCCAACAGCAGAUGUGA